AUGGACUACGCCGCCAUCAUGCCCGACGAUCAGCAUGAUCCGCCGGCGCGCCUCUUCGAGCGACUUCGCCAGAUCGCCGGCUACACCUGGGACGAUAGUCAUCCGCCGUUCCAUACAACCUAUGACAUCUGGCAUGUCGCUGGCACCAAGUUCGUGUCGCCCUUCUCCCCGCCCACGACAUAUCCCGUCUCGAGCCCUGGGUCGGCCGCGAGUCUCCAGUCCGGCCGCCCCUCACCCUCUGAGCACUACAGCUCCCCCAGCAUCAUCGGCGCCGAGACCCAGGCCGACGCCAGCAAAGACCCCUCGCUCUCGCCCGCAUCGCCUCCCAUACCGACGUCGAACCCCGAUACCCUCUACCCCGAAGAACCGGUCAUUGCACGCAUAUCCUACCAUGUCCUCCGCGAGGAGAGAACCUUCCACAUUACCAAGCAUCUCAUCACAUCCGUUGACCCCCACGGAGAGCAUAUCGUCAAGCCGAUAGACCUCGUCCGCAUGACGCCGCAGCCCGGAGACCGCGGGUCCAUCAUGGUGGCCAUCUACCAGCACCCCGGACGCAAUGCCAUAUUCGACUUGAUAGACCUCGGCCAGCCUUUACAGCACGGCGGAGGCAUACAGAAACGAGGUUUUUACUCCUCAACCGCCGAUAGCCGUGCUAGAGUUUCUGCUGCUCGCCGUUGGCGCCGCGCAGUGCCUGGAGAUACUGCACUAUGGCAAGGCGCCACGCACGGCGAGAUCAGGCCCGACGCCUUUCACUACAAUAUCGAGACGCACCGCGUCAAGCUCGCCGCCAUUGGUACGGGCACCAGGUCCUUCGAGAACCGACUGCAGAGCUCGGCGUGGUCGAACCUGUCGAAGGAGCUGGGGGCGAAGAACAAGCUGCUGUAUAUCAGUCCCGAGCAGACAGGACGCAUGCCCGCCGAGCCCGACAGCAGGACAGACAUUUACUCUUUGGGCGUCGUCCUGUGGACCAUGCUGACGCAACAUCCCGUCUUCGAUGGUGAUACGCCUCUAGAUAUCGUCCACUCCGUGCUCAAGGGAAGCAUACCCCGACUGUCGAAAGUGAGGGAAGACGUUCCGUCCGUCAUUGGCCGCAUCAUCGAAAAAUGUACGGCCAUGCGCGUGGCCGAUCGCUACCACUCGGCGAGCGGUCUACGUCACGAUCUCGUCAAGGUCCAGGAGUUUCUGGAAAAGGGGGACUGGCUGGCCCUCGAAAAGUGGACCAUUGGCGAGAAGGAUAUCUCCUCCUUCUUCAUCCUCCCGACCAUGAUGAUCGGGCGAUCCAAAGAGAGGAACGAACUGCUCAAGGUCAUCGACCGAUCUGCCAAGAGCCACGCCAUGAGCCAAAAGGUCGCCAGCAAUAGAUUUUCAGACGGUUCCAACCUCUCCAACGACGUUUUGGACACGGCCGACGCCUCGAGCGAGGGAGCCAGUUCCGCCGAUGGCACGGCCCGCCGCAGCGGAUCCUUCACCCAAACUACCUCCUCAGACCCUAGGCAGGUCAGGGCUAGUUUUGUGCCGUCGGUGCUCUCCGACAGCCAGACCAUCUCGGGCGAGACGGUUGCCUCGACCAACUCUGGUCCUCUGGCGCGAAUGGCAAGACCAUGGGAACGCAACUCCUCCAUCUCUGUCGAGACGCGAAGCUUGGCGGACAGCAUGGGAACCAGUGAUAUGAACCGGCAAAGCGUGGCCGAAUCUACAGCGUCGAGCUUGUCCCGCCAACUCGGAUCGGCCAAAUUUAGACGCCGCGGACACUGCGAGAUCAUUACCAUCGAAGGUGUUGCCGGCCUGGGCAAGAGCUUUCUCUUCCAGUCUGUCUUUUCGGAAGCCAGGAAGCGGGGCUACUACGUCUCUGCCAAGUUUGACAACGCGAGGAGACAGGCCUUCGGCCCUUUGCUCAAGUUGCUGUCAUCGCUCUUCCGACAAGUGUUCGGCGAGAACACACAGACACGCCUUUUCACCAUGCUUUGA